GUCGCGCCCGCGCCCGCUUCCUCGUGCCCAUCCUAUCCCACUCCAUCUCUCUCCAGCGCCCACCAAGGAAGGCCCAUGAUUGUGCUCUGCCACCUGCCUGGCUGCUCUGCCUAACCCCAGGCCCGCCCUCCAUUCACUCUUCCUGCCCCGAUUGCCCGCCACCCACGCAAACACUGCCAUUGACCCGUCGCCGACUGCCCGUGUCUGCCAUGUGGUGCCUCUGCUACUGAGCCCUGCCACAAGAACGGAACCCGCCUCUCCGCUCCCUAAUUCCCUUAUCCCUCGCUCCUGGCUUCCUCGCCCACUGCGGCCAAGAGCUAGCUCCCCCCCCAUCGCCAUGGCGACUGCCUUCAAAAACAUGCUCCACCCGCUGCACCACCAUCGCGACAAGAAAGAACCGCCCCAUUCCGGCCCCCUGCACGACCGUACCGACUCGGCCAUGGACAAGCCGCGCGAACAGGAGAAACAGCAGUUGGCGCAGUGGGAGGCCCAGAAGCACACCCUCACCCCCGAGGAAAUCGACAUUGACCCCCAGAAGAAGCCCGUCGGCCACUCGUCAAAGGUGCUGCGAGAGGAAGACUUUGAGCUCAUCAAGACGCUCGGAACUGGCACCUUUGCGCGCGUCUGGCUCGUGCGACUCAAGGACGCAAAGCCCGGCGACGAGAACAAGGUUUUUGCUUUGAAGAUUCUACGCAAGGUGGACGUCAUCCGUCUUAAGCAAGUCGAGCACGUCCGGAACGAGCGCAAUGUCCUCGCAAAGGUCGCCGGCCACCCCUUCAUAACAACCAUGGUCGCCAGCUUCCAGUCGCUCGAUUCGCUCUACAUGGUACUCGACUACUGCCCUGGCGGCGAAGUCUUCAGUUAUCUACGAAGAGCACGGCGCUUCAACGAGCCCACUUCGCAGUUUUACGCAGCCGAGAUUGUGCUGAUAUUAGAGUUUCUGCACGAGCGCGAGGGCGUGGCAUAUCGUGAUCUGAAACCAGAGAACAUCCUCAUAGACGCAGAGGGUCAUCUCAAAUUGGUAGAUUUUGGGUUUGCGAAAAAGGUGGACAACAGAGAGACGUAUACGCUCUGUGGUACUCCCGAGUACCUGGCCCCCGAGGUCAUUCGUAAUACAGGCCAUGGCACAGCAGUCGAUUGGUGGGCGUUUGGCAUCCUUGUGUACGAAUUCCUCGUUGGGCAACCGCCCUUCUGGGAUCAGAAUCCUAUGAAGAUCUACGAACAAAUUGUAGAAGGACGCGUCCGCUUUCCAUCUGCAAUGUCACCGACUGCACGGGAUCUCAUUUCCGGCCUCUGCACUGUCGACACCUCUAAGCGUCUGGGAAAUGUCGCUGGUGGUGCUCAACGUGUCAAGGACCAUGAGUGGUUUAAAGACAUUGACUGGCAGAAAAUAUAUAACCGCGAAACCCAAGGUCCUAUAGUACCACACCUACGGGGUCCAGCUGACACGCGGAAUUUUGACGAGUAUGAGCCAGAGUCGGAACACAGAGAACCAUACACCAAGGAACUGAGUGAUAGGUGGGAAGAGAGUUUCAAGGACUUUUAGAUCAGAGGUACAGAAGAGGGCGUGCCAGGAGGGAAUUGGAAAGACACUCAGCAUGCUAAGAGGGGAAAGGGAAAAGACAACUCAACGUGUGCUUUUUCAAGCUCAAGAAUAUCUACAAGAAGAGCAUGUCACGCGAGAGUGGAAAGUGGGUACAAGGACUAUAACCUCCAUCCCACCGGACUUGUCUCAAAAGUCCCAUAUACGAGCUUAUCAGCAAACAGCUCGUAUCCAUCGAAAAGUUGCAAGGAAACAGGCGUAUAUUCAGGAAGGGGGGGACAGGUAUGCGAGAGCUUUAAGCUCCCAUCAUCAUCAUCAUAACUAUCAUGUCUCUCUCAUCUUUUCUCAAUCAUGAAAGGGGAGCAACAUCACACAUACGUCACCAGGGGGACAAUCCGUAGAAGCUUUGUUCUAAAUGGAAAUAACCAUAUUCUUCUGACAUUAUUUUAAAAUCCGUAAACACAAUUAUAUCUCAAG